CUUGAACGAAAGAGCCCACUGACUUCCAUGCCUCUGGGCUCCAGGGCCCUGCCCAGGCCUGGCCCAAGACAGAUGUUGGUAAAUGCUUCUUGGGCAAUGGAAUAGCAUCCCUGACUGGGCAGCAAGAGAACCAGAAAGAACAUUAGACAGUAUCUAGACUGAUCCUCUCAUUUUACAAAGGGUGGCAAUGAGGUAGCCCAGGGAUGGGCAGGAAUGGGCCUGCCCAAGGCUUCCUGACAUGGCAAUCUCAUGCCGCCUUGCAUCCAGCCAAGGAAAUACUAGACUCUACAGAGGCCUGCAUGCUCAGCCAACCUGGCACGAUCCGGUCCCCCAGAGACUCACAGAGGGGCACUGGCCAUGCCCCUCUCCCUUACCCAUCCCACUCUGUUCCAGGCCCCCCGUCCCUCCUUGUUUCUGACUCUUAACUACGUCCUUGUUUAUCCUCUCACCCCUGGUUCGGUUCCCCAACUCAUCAUUUCUCUGUCUCACCCCCUCUCUCACUCUCCUCGCUCUCUCUCACACCAGGCUGGCUAUUUCUACCUCUGACACUUUGCCCUAGUUGGAGCCUAGAGACCCAGCCCCCAGCCCCAGCUCCUCCCCACUGACCAGAGCCCAGAGGGAUCACGGUAGGACCCUGACACACACAUGCACGUGGCUGGUAGAUCCCAGUCACAGGCAGUAGAAUGUGGGUGGGUAGCAACAGCAUACAGCUCCGUGACAAGCCCAGGUAGUGCAGCUGUGUGGCAGUGGGUCACUGUUCCAUAGCAACCGAACAAAAUUACAUAGCAAUGGAUGAACUCAGCGACCAAGAGGCAUAGUGACAAGCAAUCGAACGUGGCUGUGGAGUGGUGGAGUGGAGUUGCAUAGCAAUAGACCCAAGCCAUAGCAUGUCACUCAGCCCUGCACUGCAGGAGGGCGCAAUCACAGGACUGAGUCCUGAGCACAGUGUGGAAGCCGUGGGCGGAGGUGCAGAGCAGUAGAGGAUCCUUCAGUAGCACUGGGACACAACUGAGAAGCAGUGGCACGGUCACAGUGUGUGUGGCUCCUGGACAUGUGGCCAGGGAGUGGUGGCCAGCAGCAGGGCCCAGGGUUGGAACAGCAGGCGCCUGCGACAUGGCAGUGGCUGUAUAGAAGAACCGCCUCCCUCACGCUGGGCCGUUGCCUCUGGCUGAGCCUCUUAACAUCCCCUAAUGUCUGAAGGGCAUUUGUCUAUAUCCAGUCUCAUCGUGCGUUCCCCAGGGGCCAAAACACAAUUUGAUUUCUGAUUCCCUUCAGAUCUUACUUCAGCUUAAUAGGAAAUUGAACAUUUUCUGCAGCGAAAAGCACCUUGGGAAUGGAUGGGAGUGGAGAAGAGGUCUGUGCCUCUCCCUGCAUUGCUGCCUCCUGUCCCCAGGCCUGCCCGUCCCACCCCCACAGCCCGCUGAGUCCAUGGCGGCUCCCUGCCCCUGGAUGUGCCACUGAGCCAGCUCUUUCCCCUGCUGCAGCCCAGCCCCUUCUCACCUUGGAACACUUGGUUUUUACACAGGCCUUUCCGGUUCCGUUUUGUCAACAUGGUGCAAAGCUCUGGUCUUGGGUGGGCCUGCUGAGGUCAAGGUCCCAUGGAUAUGGUCUUGGGUCAAGUGUAGGGCCUGAGACAGAGGUAGAGAAGCCUUAUCCACUCCUGAGCGGCUCAGGAAGCCAUUGGGAAGAGGUGAGCCUUGAAGUGAGCAUGAAGAGAGGUGCUCAGGUUCAUCCUAAACAUGGCGACUCUCCAGUCAACAACCCGCAAGCAUCCGCCUUCCACUCUCUAGGCACCCUGAGCCCACCUCAUGUGGAGCCAAGCCAUGUCUCUCAACACUAGGAGCGGGGGCAGGUAAGCCGAGGGGCCUCCAUGUCACCUCUAGAUGGACCGACUUCCACCGCAAAGGGCUUUUGAAACGCCUGCCCUACACCUGGGCUUCCCAUUCCUCCAGCCAGUCAGAAAACCAGAACUCUCCACCCUGCCAUGUGUCCAGCCCUGUGUCUAGCUGGGCAGGGACAUGGGGACAAAGAGGCCAAGGACCUCAGCUCUGGGAAUUCCCCAGCAGACAGGAGCAAGCUAUACCCAGGGAGAUGAUUAGUGGCACGGGGUAGGUACACAGUAAAUAUCUGGUGGGGAUGAACAGGUAAAGGAGAGGCCUGGUUGGGACAAUGUAGCUUUUUAACUGCCACACUUACCCAAGACUGCUGGACACACCUAGUGAGUCCUCAGUGAAUGAGAGAGAGUUGGGGAGGUGCUGGAGAGGGGAAGAGGCAGACAAGGAAGGCUUCCUGGAGGAAGCAGGCUAUGCUUUGGAUAGAGAGGCAGAUGUGGUCAUUUGCUAUGCAGGAAGUGUAUAUUUAGUGCUGUUUCCAGUGCAGAAAUUCAAGCACAGGGUUGCUUCUCUCCUCUCCCCUGUCUCUCUCCCUGCCUCUCCUGCCCUUUCUCUCUCCCUCUCUCUCUCUCUCCCUCCCUGCUCCUCCUCCUCCCUCCCUCUCCUUUUCUCUCUCUUUCCGUCCCCUCUGUUUACCUCCCUCCUUCUGCCUUGCUCAGAGGAGAUUUGUGGCAGACCAGAGGGCCCUCAUACCAGGAGAUGAAUAAUUGACAAGGGUUGUUAAAAGAUUCAGUGGAGUUUUUCCAACCUCCUCACACUGGAAUAACUCAUUUUUUUCAUUCUGUCUUUGAAAGCCUUUCCCCUCCCACCACUGGUCUCUGCACAUCCCCGCCCCCUCUGAGCAUGUCGCUUUUGUUUUCUUCCUUUCUUGAGUCUGCUGGACCCUAGAACAAUUCAGCCUUAAUCCCUCAGUUUCUCUACAUCCCUUCCCCACUUACCCACCUCUGAGGGUGUAGGUUGACUUCAGUGGAGACAGCCUCAUAUUAUGAGUGCAGAGAGGAAGGAAGACCACGGAAGCUGUGGCCUCUCCCAGGUCCUGCAGUGGCAGAGGUGGGGGCUCGGUCCUCAGGAAGGCAGGCCUCCCAGCACAGGGACCCCUUGCCUCGAGGGCAGGCGGAGAGGUGCUCUGGGGAUGCUGGGUGUCCAUGUGCCUUGGUGUCUCCAUCUGUAGCACGAGAGAGCUGCUUACCCUACCUGCCCCUCAGGAUCAGAUGGGAGAGGUGAGACCACACAGAAAGGGAGGCCGGCCGUGUAGCAAAGACUCUCCUGAGCCUAGCCCUUUCUGUCCGGCUGGCAUGGCCCUGGGGUGACCAGACAUCCCUGCUGCCCAGAACUGAGUGGUUUCCAGACUAUGGGGUGUUCAGUGCUUAAACCAAGACAGUCUCAGGAAAACCUGGAUGGGCGCCACCUUACGUGGCACAGAAAGCUCCCCUGCCCCAGGCCUGCCCCACUGGAGGUUGCCACACAGCCUCCCUCAUCCACAGGGUGCACCCCACCUGCGCAGCCUGGCCCAGCUCCAUGCUGUCCCUGCACUCACACUGCUACCACUGCUCCUGGAAGUGACCUUGAACUUCCUUCCCUUCUCUGGGCCCCAGUUCCUGCCUUUGACAGCUCAGGAGGUGGGAGCAGAUGUUCCCGAGUACCCUGUGGCUCCUGCACUGUGGCAGAAGCCUUGGUCCUGCCCCCAGGCCCACGCCCAGGAUGGGGGCUGCAGCCUGGUGAGGCUGGUAGUGGUCAGACCCAGCCUCCACUCAGCAGUCACCAGGGAAGGGACUUGGAGCACCCCUGCACACUGCCCACGUCAGGGGCAACAAGCAGCAGAAACAUCAGCCCGGGGUGGUGGCAUCACAAAGCCCCAGGAGCCUGGAAUUGGCCCCCAGGAGCAGGUAUAAGCAGGCCUCCCAGGGCCGCUAGUUCAGGCACCAAGCCCAGCCUAGGAGCAAGGUCACCCAGGGCCUGGGAGUCCAGCUCCUUUGGAACCAAGAGAGGCAGAGGAACUACAAGAGACAGAGACAAAGAGACCAGAGCCAGCCAGGGCCCACUCAACGGCCACCAAACAGAUGCCCCUGACUCAGCGCCCUUCAGGCCAUCCCACGCCAGCCACAAGACACAUUCCCAAAACGCUGGCCAGCCCUCAGUCUCUGUAGCCCCUGACUCUGCUGCCCAGUGUGACUGUCCCACCUGCCGGGUUUGUCCUCUCAGUCACCUCUCCAAGCGCCCCUGUUCUAUGCAGCACACACCCACGAGCUCCCCACAGGCCGGAAGCCUUCUCAGGGCCCCACCCUCCUCAGCUCCUCCCCUGCACUCCUGCAGGCCCUGAGCUGCAAGCACCAUGUGCCUGUGGACGGGGGCUGGAGGGGGUCUGACAAAGAAAUACUAAAGACAGGGCGUCAGACCUGAGCCAGGGCUGAGAACACUCCACCUCUUCUCCCAUUCCUGUCCCUCCCGCAACUCUGACCUUUGAUUCUUCCAGUUCCUAAACACAAUCACACACAGUGCUUACCAAGCAUUUUAGUAAGAGACGGAGGGGGAAGGGUGGAGGGGGAAGGGUGGAGAGGAAGAAAUAAGGAUCACAUCCCACGUGUGUCCGUUAGCUCCCUCUGCAGACCCCUCCUCUCAUCUGCGUAGCUCUUGCAGGCUUGAGUUCCAUCUCCACCACUCCAGAGCUGUGUGGCCUUGGAUGAAUCACUCCGCCUCUCUGAUCCUGUCUCCUCCUUGUUAAGUGGAGGGAAUAUUGUCAUCCUGUCCACCUCUUGAGACUAUGGGGAGGAUUAACAAGAGAAUGAGGGGCAGUGUGUUGGAAACUGCAAAGGGCUUUGCAGGAGACUUAAUAGUCACUGUGUUCAUGGGGCCCUGCCAUCAAGACUGUGAACAAAAAGAGAGGAAGCAAAAAUCCCCCAGGCCUCUCCCCCAGACCCUUUCUCCGGCAGGACUGUUCCCAGACCCCUGACCCACUUCUCCCUCCUUCCCCUAUCCCUCCCAGUCUCAGCGGGCCGUUCUCCUCCUCCAUCCAUCACCUGAGACUAAAGAGAUUAAUAAACGAGACUCAUAACUCAGCUGCUGGGAUGCA